AUGUAUUUGAAUCUAGUUGACCCAAUUGUGGAAAAACUCGCGGCAUUCGGCGGGAUUCAAGCCCGCAUAGGAGGGAAGGCCUUCUACGCAAGCCAACGCUCUACCUACUUGAGCUACGAAUGUCGCGCUUCACACCCGAAGAUCCAGGGGAUGCGGGUAGACGGCCUUUUUGAGGAGGACGAGGAGGAGGAGAAGGAGAAGAAGAAGGAAGUGAUGGACGUGCUCUGA